UCAAGUUAAAAACAAACAACAAAUAUCGUUUAAAGAAAGUACUCGAGGGCAAAUGUUUCAUCUAGCGCUAUUGUUUAUAACUUCUUCCUUUUUAUUUGGCCAAAUAAAUGGUAUACAAAAUGUUCGACAUUAUAAAAACGACAAGCAAUGGCGCCCAAAUAGCCGUCAAGAUUUAUUCACACCGCAACGAUUUUACCUGUGGAAAUCAAUUCUGCCACAACAAAUAUACAUGAGUCAGAAAUCACCUUUCAUGCCUGCCCAAAUUCCUAUGAACUAUAAUCGUUACGGUUUUCCCCAUAUGGCUGCUCCAAUUCAUCAACCGGGUUAUAUGUUGGCAUUACCAACUACUAUGCAAAGACAUUAUCCGUAUACAGCCGUGAAAGAUUUAAGCGAAAAAAGAAAACACGGGGGAUAUCAUCAUAUCACCAUUAUAAAUGCUCUGAUACCAAAGCCACACUUUCCACCUCCUCCUCCUCCCACUCCACAAUCAUCGCAGCAUUUUUCAACUUUCCAAAAUUAUAGGAGUAACAGACAGAUAUUUUUCCCACACAUGAAUACAAAUGCACACACAGGGUCAAAUAUCACCAGAAUACCAAUAGUAGCGCAAGAACUACCCCAAAAUUAUCACAUCGAACACCAACAGCAUGAUAACUUGAGAAACCCUUUCGAAAGCACUCAGGGCAAAAAGGAAAGCGAGUAUCCUUGCGGUAGAAAAUCAAUGAAUGACGACUCCAUUCAAAUAAGUACCACUUAUUACUGUAACAUUUAUUCUAAUUAUCACCAAAAUAACAACACACCGCAAACAGAAGACCUUGAAGAACAUUUGCUGCCAUCCACGUCACCUGCGAGUGGUAAAUCUGAUAUGAAUCUUGCCAAAACAACGCAAAUGACUUUUUUGCCAACUCCGCUGCAUGAUGUCAGCAAGGCGAUUCAACCAACGGCGAUAAUAACUUCACACUACACAACUUUUUUGCCAUUGAAACAAAACGACAAUAGCAUUUUUAAAUUGAAGCCGACACAGAAUUCACCAGUACGAAGUGGGGCCCAACACAGCUUUUUCACUAUUGAAGAUGCCAUAACGAAAUUAACCCCUAUGAACCAGGUCUUCAAUAGUCCCUUGGAGGCCUAUAGACAUGCUAAGAAACAACAACUUUACUCUGCAAAGCCCCAACAAGGCAUUGGACUUAAAAAGAAUUACAACCAAUCAACUCCGAAAAGCUUUUUACAAAAUUUUUUUGACGACAAUAUUUUUGAAUCUUUGGAGGCCACGGAAGACGACUUUUCUCAUAGCGAAAGCCAAGAAAAAGAAAUAUUUGAACCAUACAAAAACCAACAGAAUCAGCAAAACAAAAUUAUCCAUGGGAGAACCUACUGGCCCAAUGCAACAAACUCAAUUUUGGAAAAUUCGCAAAGAAUCGCAUCAACAGAGAGUGUACCAUUUAAUUAUUUUACCUCAACUCCAAAGAAUUUAAGCAACAAAAGAGCUUUAAGAACAACCACAUAUCCAAAUUCGAUUGAAAUUUUCGAGGAGCCGGUAACACAUUCAACUAUUUCAACAACAAGGGAUUACCCAAACAAAGUUGUUGAGAACGUGUUCGAAACCACGACCACCAGAGCCAAACAUACUGUACAUACCUCCCCGCCGACACCAUUAACUACUCCGAGCCAGCCCAAAUUUAACAAAGUAAAUUUGAAACGUCCUUAUUUCCAAGUUCUAGCAUCAGCACAAAAAUAUCCAAAGAGUCUACGAGGUCAAAUCAAACCAUUUAAGAAUAUCACUGCAACGUCAACAUCACUCCCAAUUUCAAACAGUUUACAGAAAUCCCCCAAAUACCGCCAGUACAAAUCGAAAAAAAAUAAACAUCUAAAAAAACUACAUCCGACAGCUACAUCCACUACACAAUCGACACCACUUGAAGAAACUACCGAAAAAAUGAAAGCGGUAGCAGCGAUUACAACCACAUCUGUCUUGCCCACAAGUUUAUCAACUAAAUCGACUCCCACAAAUCAUAAGCUGCAAAGGAAUGCUGCCAAUGCCAAACGUCGAAAUUCCAAACGAGUACAAAACGUUAGUUCAACUGAAAAAUCUAAUGAAGCUGUCACAAAUAAAACGCGUACACAGAAAACACGAAGACGGCAUAGUACUACUACCACUGCAACAAUUUCAUCGACGAUAUCAUCAUUGUCUACUCGAAGUUCUGCCACUGUCUCCAAAUCGUUAACGAGAAAACACCAUAAUUCUGAGUCGAAAUCAAGAACAAAGAAUAGCCAUUCGAUGACCAAUGAGGCACACGAUGAAAAACAGCAACAAGUAUCUCAACCCAAGGAUGGUGACGGCGUUCCACCUUUGCCCAUUGAAAUAUAUUUUAAAAAUAGUCAUUUAGCAAAGAUAUAAAUUUCUACACAAAUCCAUUGCAACCUUUCAUAUUUUUUUUAGAGUUGAGCAAUUAAAUAAAUUUCCUUUUUUUUACUUGUA